ACACACACUGAGUCUGUACUCACCGCAGCUCUCUCUCUCCUCAGUUCUCCAGGAUACCUCUGCUUCUCUUCAUCAUGUCUUGUGCUUCUCCGAAUCUGGAUUAUGAGACGUGAUGAUCGGAUCCAGGAUGAGCAGCAGAUCCCGACCAUCCUCUGUUCAUCUCCUGGGAUGUGAGAUCUGGACAAUCAGGAAUUCCUUUGACUGACUCGAACAGGAUUCAGCGCGAUGGGAGAGAGUGAGUCAGAGAGUCAGGCUGAGAGAAGGAGAACUUAACUGCAUCAGAGAGAAAUCACUCUGAGGUGUGGAUCAGAGCGGUGUGAUGUCUGAUAACACAUCACUGUCGUCUGUGUCUGACGCGUCUCUCCCGCCGCUGCUGACGGACUGGACGGCGCCCUCCUUCACUCCCGCGGCUCAGGCCCGCGUCACGGCCACCAUGGUGCUCUUCCUGUUCGCCGCCGUCAGUAACCUGGCGCUCCUCAUCAGCGUGUCACGCGGUCGCGGCCGGCGUCUGGCGUCUCACCUGCGUCCUCUCAUCAUCAGCCUGGCGUCCGCUGACCUGAUGAUGACCUUCAUCAUGAUGCCGCUGGACAUGGUGUGGAACGUGACGGUGCAGUGGUACGCCGGAGAUGGACUCUGUAAGCUGCUGUGCUUCCUGAAGCUCUUUGCCAUGCAAACCUCCGCCUUCAUCCUGGUGGUCAUCAGUCUGGACCGGCAUCACGCCAUCCUGCGCCCUCUGGACUCACUCAACGCACACCGCAGGAACAGGAGGAUGCUACUGCUGGCCUGGAGCCUCAGCGCGCUGAUCGCAUCGCCACAGCUGUUCAUCUUCCGGACGGUCAAAGCGGAGAGCGUGGACUUCACUCAGUGUGUCACACACGGGAGUUUCCGCGAGCGCUGGCAUGAGACGGCGUACAACAUGUUUCACUUCGUGACGCUGUACGUGAUUCCGCUGCUGGUCAUGAGCUGCUGUUACACCUGCAUCCUCAUCGAGAUCAACAGACAGCUGCACAAGAGCAACGCAGGCGAGUCUCUGAGACGCAGCGGCACAGACAUGAUCCCGAAGGCCCGGAUGAAGACGCUGAAGAUGACCAUCAUCAUCGUCCUGUCGUUCGUGGUCUGCUGGACGCCCUACUAUCUGCUGGGCAUCUGGUACUGGUUCCAGCCGGAGAUGCUGAAGGUCACGCCCGAGUACAUCCAUCACCUGCUCUUCGUGUUCGGGAACCUAAACACCUGCUGCGACCCGGUGAUCUACGGCCUUUACACGCCCUCGUUCCGCGCCGAUCUCGCCCGCUGCUGCCGCUGCCGGACCCCCGCGGACUCUCCACGCUCUCUGGACCGGCUCUCGGCCCUGCACGAGCACGAGUCUGACCCGGCCAGCGGCAAGAGCUCUUAAACCACACCUCAAGACUCAAGUCUCGAGUUCACCACGGGUUUGAUGAAGCGUCUGCUUAAGAAGUACUGAAGAAUCAUUUUUAAUAUAUUAAGUACAAAAUUAGUGCGUGGAAAUAGAGCACUUUAAGUACAUUAUAGAAAUGUACUUUUUUUUAAUCUGGGAGCUGCUGGGUUCAUGCACAACUAAUGAAAGGAGCUCAGAAGCCUCUGCAGUUUUAGAAUAACUUCACAGAUUUCACAGCGUGCUUUUGUUAUUAAAGCAGCUGGACGCACUGAAGCGUCUGUGUUGAACAUGUUCUGUAUGUUUACGCUGUUGAUCUGCAUGUGUUUGCACGCAGAGUGACUGUUAUCGUUUGCAUAAAACUUUGUUUAGGGAAUUUUUGCAUAAAAAUCUCAAAUGCCAUUGAAUCUGGUCCACUUUAAAGCUAAUCCUGAUGCAAAAUCGCAAGCAAAGACACCGCAAAAAGUGCUUCUCUGUCAGUAUUGUUGUCUUGUUUUCCAGCACAAAUAUCUAAACAUUCUUAAAUUAAGACACAUUUACUGGAGAUGCAAAACUUCACAAGAUAAGAAGUCUUGUUUCAUGAGAAAAUUGUAAAAAUGAAGUGAAUUUAUGAUUGAAACAAGAACAAAUAUCUGCUAAUGGACUCAACUUCAUUCAAAGGGAGAACAAGUUAUUUGUUAA